GGGCUCGGACCGAGGAUGCAGUGUGGGGAGCAGCCCCAGGCUCCGACAUUUCGCCUCCUGGGGGCCACCUCAGCUCCUGAGGCGGGCAGCUGGCAGCAGCCGAGCCGAGCCCCGCCGCCUCCCCGGGCUGCCGUGAGGGAGCCCCGGGGCCGCCAUCUCCUCGGGCCGGCCAAAAACCACCUUAACGCCGAGGCAGGAAGCGGCGGCGGGCACCCAAUCAGGCCGGCCCGAAAAAGGGACGGCCCCGCCGGGAGGAGGAGGAGGAGGAGGAGGCUGCGAGGCUGCGGCCGGGAGCCGGGGCCGGGGCCCCGGGGCCGAGCUGCGGCCGAUGGCCGAGGGCAGCCCCCCAGGAGCCGCCCCGGGCGGCGGGGACCCGGCCGCCUCUUUGGGCGCCUCGGGCGGGCACGCAGCGCAGGUCGUAACCUGAAGGAGUGGCUGCGGGAGCAGUUCUGCGACCACCCCCUGGAGCACUGCGAGGACACGCGGCUGCACGACGCAGCCUACGUCGGGGACUUGCCCACGCUCAAGAGCUUGCUGCAAGAGGAGAGCUUCCAAAGCCGGAUCAACGAGAAGUCGGUGUGGUGCUGCGGCUGGCUGCCCUGCACCCCGCUGCGCAUCGCCGCCACCGCCGGCCAUGGCCCCUGCGUCGACUUCCUCCUGCGCAAAGGGGCCGAGAUCGACCUGGUGGAUGUCAAGGGGCAGACCGCCCUCUACGUGGCCGUGGUCAACGGGCACCUCGAGUGUGCCAAGAUCCUCCUGGAAGCCGGGGCUGACCCCAAUGGCAGCCGGCACCACCGCAGCACCCCCGUUUACCACGCGGCGCGCGUGGGCCGGGCAGACAUCCUGCGGGAGCUGAUCAGGUACGGCGCAGACGUGGACGUGAACCACCACCUGGCUUCUCGCGUCUCCAGCCUCUCCUUGCGGCCCCUCACCACGCUGGUGGUGUGCCCGCUCUACAUCAGCGCCGCCUACCACAACCUGCAGUGCUUCAGGCUGCUCCUCCAGGCCGGGGCCAACCCCGAUUUCAAUUGCUGUGGCCCCAUCAACAUCCAGGGCUUCUCCCGGGGCUCCCCCGUCUGCGUGAUGGAUGCCGUCCUGCGGCACGGCUGCGACGCGGCGUUCAUCCACCUCCUGAUUGACUUUGGAGCCAACCUCAACCUGGUCAAAGUGGAGGCCUUGGAGUUUGACUCCACGGGAAGGGUCAAAGUGAACCCUGAGGCUCUGCAGGUCUUCAAAGAAGCACGGGGCCGUGCCCGGAGCCUGUUGUCUCUCUGCCGCAUAGCUGUACGGAGAAUACUGGGCAAAUCUCGUCUGGAUCUGAUCCAUAUCCUUCCCGUCCCAGACCCCAUUAAACAAUUUUUACUUCACGAACACAGUUAAAGGGCAACUGGCUGCUUUCUGGGACAGUUUGGUUUGCGAAACGAGUGAGCUGAUACAGCCGGGUGCCAACCUUAGCCCUACCCUCGCAGAGAAAUACCGGUUUGCUCAUGGAGUGCACACAAUUCCCUGCGAUUUUCCCCUUCAAAUUCGGGGUGAUUUUGUGUGUCUGUACUCAAGCCACCAGCUGUUUAACUGGUGACCUGUUUGCGGCUGGUUGGGCAGUGAGGCCGGUAAGUGUGUGUGUGGCUGGUACAUGAGCAAACGCAGUAUAUCCUGCAGCUGUUAGCAUAUGUCUGUCUGUUAGGACUCUACCUCUGUUAUUGCUCCGUGUUACACACACCCUGGGUCUCAGAGCCACUUCUGCGUGGCAAAUGUGUCUGUACUCGAGCCUUUCAUCUUCCUGUAGCGCGCGAGGGAGUCUCUCCUUGCCUCGGUGCCAGUGCUGGUUUACAACAGCACCGUUCUCUUCCUGCUGUCAGUACCUGGCCUCUCUCUUACCUAUGGAGUUUGUGGUUGCUGCUGUAAAAGUGGGUGUAUUUUCUUCUUGCCUCCUCUGGUGUGAAAUGCAUCAAGUUUCCUGUCCGGUGGCUGCGUGUUACUUGGAGAAUUGUUACCCGUGCCUCUGCGUGCUGCAAGGUAGCUGCUGACUUGGCUUUCCUCCUGUAGAGGCCCCGUUGUAACCGGUGGGAGAGUAGCAGGACGUGUAACCCCAUCCCCUCUGAGCCCUCUCGGCAGACCACCAGCUCUGCUGUGGCAUCUUGGCUUUCCCUCCAGUGCCGUGAUGGACGAGGGAAGGGUUGGCCAGUCCUCCUCCCCACGGCCUAGGGAUGGGCCAGGUCUCAGGAGCGCUGCUGUAGCAUGAAAGAGAAGACGUGGAGAGAAGAGGAAACGUUAUUUUCACCCACGGAAACUGAGAGCCACACGGCCCGUGCUGGGGUGAUGGGAUCCCCAUGGUGCAGGGACGAGGACUGGGAUGCUCAGGUGAAGCCAGAAUGUGAACCUGAGAGAUUUCUGGGGUACUUUUGAGAAAUGUAAUGGCCAAACUCACCUUCUGGUCACUGUAAGUGGGUUUGCAUAUUUGGGAGUGACCAGGAGCAACAGUGGAGGGGUUGCUGAAUUAAACUGUUGUGCUGCUAGCGGUUGGUGCAAUGCCUGCGAGUGUAUGUGUGUGAUUAUGAAGAAAAAGACACCCAAAAUUCUCUCUGGACUUCCUGCUUGCAAUAUUGCAGUGGUGAUGAUGUUGCUGAAGGGCCGGUAAAGUAGGAGGCAAUGCAGAGCACAUAAAAAUAGAAAUUCCUGCUUGCUUUUUACUCCAGAUCCCAGUGCCCAGGCAGCACCCUCCCAAGUCCACCUAAUGGGCCUUUUUGUUUGCAUCCUGAUUCUGUCAGCACUGCAGGGAAGGGAGAAGAAAGGACUUUUUUUUUAAUCUUUUAUCAGGGAAUUAAUAGGCAGUGAGCUUCCCAAUGCAGUGUUGCAUCUGGCAGAGCUUUGCCCAGGCUCCUUUGAUUCCUGGUGCCCCUACGCUGCUGUUUUCCCUCGUGUCACAAGCUCACUUCUGGGCAUCUAGGGGUCAGCCAGCUCCUUAGAGGUGAGACAUAGUCAUUGUACAGCAAACGUUGUCAAAACAGCAGCUUUUAGAAGGGCAGAGGUGAGAUGAUCCCUCCUGGGUGAAAGCCCGGGAAGCGAGUGGUACUUGCUUCAACGUUUCUGAUCCAAGUUUUUCUAGUCCUCACAUUACAAACUGCUUUUUUGGACUGUGUUUCUCUGCCAAAUGUUCUUUCCAUGCCCAUGGAGUUGCCAAGGGUAUUUUUUAGAAGUAAUUUAGAUGAUGGGGAUUUAUUUAUGGAAUGGUGUUGGGGAACUGUUGCUGAGAAUUGGGUUAAGCAUGGGGUGACAGUGACAGGCCUUCCUGGGAAUGAAAUCCUUCUCUAGCCACUCUUCUCUUUGACCCUUUGUGGUAACGGGGAGCUGGGUUUGUUUAAGCUGCUUUGCCUUUUGGCAGUUUCAGAUGCCUUCGGGUAGAUCUGGUCAUCCUGGCUCUGUGGGGUUGGAUCCUCACGGCCACCCCACAGACUGAGCACGGAGCCCCGCAGUGCCCACGCUCCCUUCCCACCUGUGCUGGCCUCUCCCUUGCAGGUCCACGAAGGGACACUUAGAAAGUUGUCCUCCGUAGAGCUUCCACCAGCAGCGUCUUACCCUGGGUGAGUGCUCUGCUUUUAGAUGCUCGUGGAAUUGCUUCGUGCUUCAGACCAGCUGCUGAGGGAGGAGGGGGUGAGUUGCAUAUCUUUUAGUUGGGUGUAUCUGCUUUCAAAUACCUGAAGAAAUUUCGAGCAGGGAAGUGAAAGGUGAAUAGGGCUUGGCGCUGGUUUAUGAGAUACUUUUUUUUCCAGAGGCAUUGGUGAAUGCAAGCUCACAGCUCAGUUUCUGGUCCUCCCCCUGGGAUAUGUUUAUGGUGGAGUUCGAUAAGCAGCAGUGGACUUUUUUUGUAUAUUUUUAUUAUCUGCUGCAGAACACGUGCCUUUCCAAGGUGCUUUCAGAGAAGGAGGAAGGACAGGAAAAAAAAUGGAAUCUGUUUCCUGUUAUUUCUACUCCAUGGCGAGGCUUGGAAGGACAGCCAGUGUCCAGCUGGCCCCUUACAUUGCUCUGCUCGUUGAUUUUAGGACAAGGUGGCAAAAUUCUCAUUGCUGGGCACCGUUGAGAAAAGGCUGAAGCGUGAUGGCUGCACUCAGUGAUCAGAUACUUUCAGAACCCUCAUCAGAUGAGAUGUAAUGGCAAGGAUAUGUAGCAGCGGGCAUGCUUUCAAGGUGAGAAGGCAGCAGUGUUGCAUUGUUUCCUUUUCAGGCUUGCAGAUGGUUUAGGUUUUCACCGUACUGGGGGCCAGGGCAGCCCAUGAGCGUGUUGCCUGAGAGUUGUGUGCUUGCUUUAUAGACGUGUUAACAUGCCUAAAAGAUGCAAACAGGUUGUAAAGCCUCUUGUCACCUUGCUGGUGGAACCAUAAUGUUUUGCAGGAGCACGGACCGAGCGUACUCUCUAGCUCCAAUGUAUAGAGGCAGAAAACGAGGGAGGUUGUCUUGAGAAAAUGCCAUGGAAACAGCUUCUUUGGGUUGACUUUUUCCCCCUCUGGUUUUUACUUGUUCACAUAGUUUUGCAAACCAGUCACACGUCAGUGCCUUUUGGGAGAAGGUAGGCUGGAAGUGGAAGGCGCAUGCCCCUCUGGGGAAAUCUGGCUCCAUCUGGAGUGAGCUGCAGAGAAAUGCCAGUGUGCGUGGCAGAGAGUGGCCCAAGGAGAUUCGGGGCAUUUAGCUGCUACAGGUGUGAUCACUCGGUGCCCGCUGUAGCUGCAGUAUGUAGUUAGAGCUAAGCCUCUGCAGAUCACCUGUUAAAUUUUUUGUUGCCUUCAGUUUUUGAUCCACUGACUGUUGUGCACUUGAUGGACACUGUCCUACAGCAUUCUUGCAGAUAAUCAGCCACUGACACCCUACCCAGGCCAGCUGUUGCAGCCAUAUCUCCGUGCUCCCCCCAGAACCAUGACUCCCAUGUAAGUUGAAAUGAGAAAAUCUCUCUUUCCAUGGCAGAGUCAAUAUUUGUUACCGAUACGCUUCCUUUGUAGGUCCCACUGGUAAGCACAAGUCAUGCUAGGGUGGGGUCUUUGGCCUCAGUUAGUUUUCUAUUCUUUAUUUAUAAUUUGAGAUAUAAUGAUCAUGAUGUUCCAGCAGCAUGCUGAACUUUGUGCAUAUGGGUAGUCCUUUUGACCUCAAAUCUGAAGGACGAUAUGGUUCUUCAAAGCCAUCCAAGGUAGCGUCCAAAAGGUUUCCCUGACCAUGAAUAUCUCAAGCUCAUGGCCCACAGGUCAGAGGAGGGUUCUCCCAACCCCGUAGCAAACCAGCUUGAAGUUUCACAAACACUUGGACAUCAGCAGAAUCAAAGCUUUGGAGAAAUCCAGUCACGGGAGGCUUUUUGUGGGACCACCCAUCCAUUGCCCAUCUCAACUGAGGCACUGUGCCUCCUGCAAAGGUUCCAGCCUUAAACUGGAGUGGUCUUUCCUUUUGGCUUGAGGGACUGAAGGGUUCCCAACUCAGUAGAACAACUCACGUAAUAUUGAGCCAGAACUGUGGAAACUACUGUUGGAGUUGUCCUGGUGGACAGUGGUUGCUGAGGCUACCUAAACCCAGCUCUGCCUAAGUGAAAUGGUUUAAUACACAGAAUAUCUGGAAAUUUCACUGUAGAGAGGUAGUAAUGAAUCUUAAAACAGAUUUAUGAAGUUCCGUAGUGCCACAGCCUUUAUCUUCUGACUGUCCUCAUCCUUUUAAACCCAAGAAACACUCGUCUUCCAGUAUGGAAUCUCAGUAAUAAUGUGUGCAUAUUAUAUGUCUUUGCACUAUAUAAACAGCAUUUAUUUUUGCCUUAAUUCAGACUUUGCCAUUUCCUCCUAUGUAGCAAUGCGUUCUCUUUUGUAAAAGCAUCCUUUUACAUGCUGUCCUUGAGGCGUGCUCAGAUAACACCAAUAACACAACUGUGAAGUCACAGGUGGGAAAUUAAACAGAUCUGCAGUGUACGUCCCCUCAUUUGAAGGAUGCCUGUUACGGUUCUGCGUAAUAUAUUAAGUGUGCAUCGUGUGGCCCUGCUGUAAGUAGGUGUGGGAUGGGAUGACAAGGUUUGGAAAGUGGUUAAAGAACUGUAACAGAUCUAGAAUAAGAAAGUACAUCCCAAGGAGCUUUUUUUCUUGUGGGCUUUCUUCUCGUCUUUGUUGUAUUAGGGGAUUUUCAGAGUAUGAAAUACUGGUAGCUGGCCUGGUACGCAAAUAUAAUUUCCUGCCAUUUGGGAAUUUUGCAAAACAGCAGAACAACAUUUAUUAGGGUUGGUGUGUGUGUGUGUGUGUGUUUUUUUCCAUCCCCAGAUUCAAGUAAAGCACUUUUUACACCAAAACCAGCCUUUGAGUGUAGCAACCUGCCCAGGAUGGAGCAGAGGUGACAGCCAAGUGAGUCCCACUCCAAGAAGCACUAUUUGGUGGUCUGUUGCUUUUGCCCGGGGUAGAAUGGUUGUGCACAGCAGCAAGAUAAGAUCCAAGAGCAGACUGGAGAUCUCCGUUGUGGGCCUGGGUCUGUGUAUAGCUAAAUAAAGAUGUUCCAGUGCAAGAGCA